AUGCCUUCAUCUGAAACAGCGUGUACAUUGAUCGGGGCAAGUCUAAUAGCUUUACUUCUAGCUGGUUAUCUUGGUCAACAUUUAUUACCAGCACCGAAACCAAAAAUAAUCGGUUUAGAUUUAGGCACAACUUAUUCAUGUGUUGGAAUUUAUCAUGCUAUUAGUGGUUUAGUAGAAAUCAUUCCUGCUCAACGUAAUCGUUCGUGUUUACCAUCGAUUGUAUCAUUUUUAUCAAAUGGAACUAUAUUAUUAGGUUAUGAUGCAUUUGAUUAUCUUGAAAUAAAUCCAAAAUAUACAAUUUAUGAUGCUAAACGUUUUAUUGGAAAAGAAUUUUCAUCUGAAUCAAUUGAAAAAAUUCAAAAAGAUUAUCCAUUUGAAUUAUUACGUAAAGAUAAUGGUUUAGUUGAAUUUAUUAUAUCAGAAAAUGGUACAAGUAUAAGACCUGAACAAAUUGGUUCAUUAUUAUUAAAACAUUUAAAAGAAUUAGUUGAAAAAUAUUUAAAUGUUCCAAAAAUAAAAUUAUGUGUUUUAAGUGUACCUGCUGAAUUCGAUGAUAAACAACGACAAUCAACAAAACAAGCUGCAGAAUUAAUUCAAUUGAAGGUGGAAAGAAUUAUAUCAGAACCAACAGCAGCUGCAUUAGCAUAUGGUUUUCAUAAAAUGGAAAAUGUUCGUUAUGUUUUAGUUAUUGAUAUAGGUGGUGGAACAACAGAUGUUAGUUUAUUAUCUGUACAAAAUGGAAUGUUUUCUACUCAAGCUAUGGCAGGAAAUAAUCGUUUAGGUGGACAAGAUUUUAAUCAAAAUUUAUUAAAUUAUAUUUUAACAUUAAUUGAUAAUAAAACAGAACGAGUUAAUCCAAUUUUAUUACAACAUUUACGAAUUGAAAUUGAAAAAUGUAAAAUUGAUUUAUCAACAGUAGAUCAAUGUGUAAUUGAUUCAAAAUGGAUUAUAACAAGAGAAAAAUUUGAAGAAAUUAAUCAUGAUUUAUUUAAAAAAAUUCUUGAACCAUUAGAUAGAAUAUUUGCUUAUAUUAAUUCCGAUAUUAAUGAUAAUGAUGAUGAUAUUAGUAAUCGAUUAACAGUAAAUAAUAUUGAUGAAAUUGUUUUAGUUGGUGGAUCAACACGAAUGUUAAAAAUUCGACAAAUUAUUGAAGAUUAUUUCGGGAAAAAACCUAAUAUUCAAAUUGAUCCUGAUGUUGCUGUUACACAUGGUGUAUCAAUUCAAGCAGGAAUUUUAGGUGGAGUAUGGCCGUUAAAUGUUAGUGCAACAGAAGUACGAACAGCAGUAGAAAAAAUUCAUAUCGAAACAUAA